AUGGCUUCCGCCGUUGUUUCGCCUGCCGGCCUGACUCUUCAUGGGGCUCCGGAUGCCUGCAUCGACGACCCAACCAAGCUCGUCCCCGCCAUGCACCUGGAAAUGACGCAGGAUAUCCUCGACGAACUGCUCCAGAGCAUCCGCAAUGGAAAGCCUCCGCAGCUGCUGUUCGGCAGGAAUCCUGUCCUCAAAUACGGCGAGACGAAACAUGUGCUUGAAACACGGGCGGAACGCUUCAGGACCGAGCUGUACACGUCCGACGGCAAGAGCGACUUGCGCUUCGCUGGGCUCAUGGAGGACCGGCUCGCGGUACAGCGAGCCGAAGAGGUCACUGCAAAGGCCGACGCGGCAUUGCAGGCCCUCAAGAGCAACAUGGCGUCGAUCAAGAAGGAGAAAGAGUCGCACAAGAUGACCAUGGGCGAUGACGCCGAACUCCUCGCCAACACCAAGCGUGAGAUACCCAGAAGGGUAGGGAAGGGCAAGUCCGUCCUGGGAGGCAGGGUCGGAUCGUCGUAUCCACCAAGCCCCGCUCUUGGAUCGACGGCGACAUCCCCCCUGCCUGGUUCUGCUCCAACUUCGGCGCCGACGUCGCAUCUCCCCGUCAUCCAACAAGCUCUCCGGAUCCCGCUGCUGCAUCUGCUUGCCAUCAAGCCCGCAAAGACCCAGGACCUUGUACGGAAGACGCGCGCCUCCAAGGAGAACCUCGUUUCGGUCCUCCCCAAGAUUGCUCGCGAGUCCGAGGCCGAUGGCUGGAAGCUGACAGACAAGGCCUUCAAGGAGCUCGACCCGUGGAAGUUCCCGUACCCGACCCAGGAGGACAGGCAGGCGGCCAUUGACAAUGCCAUCAAGGCUUUCGACCGCCAGAGGCUGGGCUCGGACGAGAAGCCGUGGCAACUGUUGCUGCCGGAGGAGGAUCGCGGGAAGGGAAUCAAGCUCUCGAAGCUCAGCUUGAACAAGGCUCCGGUGCAGAAGACGACACCCAGCGUCGGACCGAAGCUGCUCAAGUCCCUCAAGAAGGAGGCGCCGAAGAAGACGAAGAAGAGCGAGAAAACAGAGGAUGAGAAGGAAAGCAAGGGUGUGUCAGCCAAGAGAGUCGCCAAGACGACGACCGGGGAAGCGCGCAAGACCGCUGCGAAGGCCGCUGGUACUGCACAGGACAAGCAAGAAAAGGCAAGGCCUGUGGAGAAGGAUGCGAAGCCCGUGGUGAAGAAGGAGCCACCAGCCAAUGGCACCAGCAGCGCGCUUCCCAAGAAGCCACCCAAGCCAAGGGCAACCCAGCAAAAGAUUACGGAAAGGCCCUUCACCACCACGAAGAGAGUCCAGGACAACAAGCCGAAGAACCCUUCACCGCUCAGUGCUUCGCCUCCCGUUAACGCUUCCGACUUCGAGGACAACCAUCCUGUCCACAAGGCACUCUCUGCGUCCUCUUCGCAUGCUGGCAAAUCCACGCCUGGAAACUCCGAUCGCACGCUCAAGCGCAAGGCGAACGACUUGGACCACGACAUCCAUAAGCACGAUACCGGUGUCAAGCAACGCAAGACGACCGGCACCACGCUCUCUACCAAGGCUUCGGCUACUGCUAGCGGCGACAGGCCUAUCAAGCGCAAGGCCCCGGACCACGACAACGAAAGCACGCGUCCUGCAACCAAGAAGCCCGCCGCCGCCAGCAAAACACCCAAGCCUACGCAGACGUCGACCCCGCAAUACUCGACGGCAUCCAGCACAACCUCGUCGGCCGCAUCGUCACGCUCUUCGCAAAUGGGCCAUCGGCCCUUGCAGCAGCGCCCCAGCCAGCGCACGCCGCCGUCACCGGCAGACAGCGCGUCGCCGGAGCCGACGCUGACGAUGCGGCAGACGGUGGACCUGAGCGUCAAGUUCAAGCGCUACUACGCGCGGUACCAGCAGCUGCACCUGCGGCUGAGCAAGAUGGCUGAAAUCACGCAGGAGCAGCGCGACGAGUUUAUGCUCAUGCAUAAUAAGCUGCAGGCGAUGAAGGCGGAGAUUAAAAAGGGCGCGGGCGUGGCGCGAUGA